AUGGCAGGCGGACUCGUGGACUCGCCGCAGAUCCGGCAAAGUUCACUGCACAAUCCGCUCCCAUUUCAACUCCACCUCUAUGUCUGGCCAUUUCUCAUCAUCUGGCCGGCGUUCACGUCCAUCUACCUCCCCGCGGCGCGCUACGAGCAGUACAUUCAGUCGCAGGAAUGGACGUUCGUGUGGGUGGCGAGUAUCGUCACGCUGCAGUCCCUUGUGUGGCUGCUGACGCAAUGGAAUAUCAAUCUCAAGACGGCCUUCACGACGACUAAGGCGAGCGACGUGCGCACGGCACAGCUCAUCAAGGUGCAGCCUAUCGAGAACGCGGGGGCCGCUGAGAUCUGUACGCUGCAACGCGACACCGUGGGCGGCAAACCGAACAUGUCGUUCCUCUUUCAAAAGCGCCGCUUUCUCUACGAUGCGACCAAGGGCACCUUCGCCCCGCUCGCCUACGCCCUCGACAGCGAACCGAAGCCGCAGCUGAAAACGCUGCAGCAGACGCAGGGCCUUGUGUCGCCCGCCGAGAUCGAGCGCAUCCAGCAGCAUUACGGCGACAACGCUUUCGAUAUUCCCGUCCCGACCUUCACCGAGCUCUUCAAGGAGCACGCCGUCGCGCCCUUCUUCGUCUUCCAGAUUUUCUGUGUUGGGCUGUGGAUGCUGGACGACUACUGGUACUACUCGCUGUUCACGCUGUUCAUGCUCGUCAUGUUCGAGAGCACCGUCGUGUGGCAGCGCCAGCGCACUCUGACCGAGUUCCGUGGCAUGAGCAUCAAGCCCUACGACAUGCUGGUGUACCGACAGAAGAAGUGGCAGUCGCUGAUGAGUGACAAAUUGCUGCCCGGCGACGUCGUCAGCGUGGGCCGCACCAAAGAGGACUCUGGCGUGGCCUGCGACAUGGUGCUGCUGGAGGGCUCUGCAAUUGUCAACGAGGCCAUGUUGUCCGGCGAGAGCACUCCUGUGCUCAAGGAGUCGGUGCAGCUGCGCCCCGGCGACGCGCACAUCGAGCCUGAGGGGCUGGACAAGAACGCGUUCCUGUGGGGUGGCACCAAGGUGCUGCAGGUCUCGCACGGCAACAGCGCUGAAGAUGAUGCAAACACGGUCUCGCGCCUGUCUUCAGGCGUGCCUCCACCGCCGGACAAGGGCGCCGUGGCCGUCGUCAUCAAAACGGGCUUCGAAACCAACCAGGGCAGCCUCGUGCGCACCAUGAUCUACGCCACUGAGCGCGUCUCUGCCAACAAUGUCGAGGCACUGCUCUUCAUCCUGUUCCUUACCGUCUUCGCCAUCGCCGCCUCGUGGUACGUCUGGCAGGAGGGUGUCCGCCUCGACCGCCAGCGCAACAAGCUCCUUCUCGACUGCGUCUUGAUCGUCACCAGCGUUGUGCCGCCUGAGCUGCCCAUGGAGCUGAGCUUGGCCGUCAACACAUCCCUCGCCGCACUGAGCAAGUACGCCAUCUUCUGUACUGAGCCCUUCCGCAUUCCGUUCGCUGGACGCGUCGACGUCACUUGCUUCGACAAGACUGGUACCCUGACUGGCGAGGAUCUGAUUGUCGAGGGCAUCGCAGGUCUUUCCCUAGGCCAGCCUGGCGUCAAGACCAGCCCCGAUGGCGCCCACACCGAGCUCUCCAAGGUCAACCAAGUCGGCACGCACACUACUCUCGUCCUCGCUACUGCACACGCCCUUGUCAAACUCGACGAAGGAGACAUCGUAGGUGAGCCCAUGGAGAAGGCUACCAUUGAGGCUCUUGGCUGGAAGGUAGGCGUCAAGGACAUGUUGAGCGCUUCGACUACCACAGCCAAAUCGCACGCCGAACUCGUUCAGAUCCGCCGCCGCUUCCAGUUCUCGUCUGCCCUCAAGCGCCAGAGCUCCGUUGCCACUGUCCUUGUUAACAACAACAACGGAAAGAAGGUUCGCAGCACGUUUGUUGGUGUCAAGGGCGCACCUGAGACGAUCCGCAAGAUGCUGGUCAACGCCCCGCCGAAUUACGAAGAGACGUUCAAGCACUUCACCCGUAAUGGUGGCCGUGUGCUCGCCCUAGCCUACAAGUUCCUCGCUGAGGAGGGCGAGUGGGGCCAGAAUCGCAUCAACGACCUCAAGCGCGAACACGUCGAGUCGGACCUUCAUUUCGCUGGUUUCCUCGUCCUACAGUGCCCGCUCAAGCCUGACGCCAUCGAGGCAUGCCGCUCGCUCAAUGAGUCCAGUCACCGCGUUGUUAUGAUCACUGGCGACAACCCGCUGACUGCUGUCCACGUCGCCAAGCAGUGCGAGAUCGUCGAUCGCGAAACCUACAUCCUCGAUGCGCCUGAGCAUGAUGAGUCUGGUGAGGCGCUUGUCUGGAAGAGUGUAGAUGACAAGAUCAACAUCCCUGUCGACCCUACACAGCCUCUGCCUGUCGACAUCCUGAACUCGAAAGACAUUUGUAUCACUGGUUACGCGCUUGCCAAGUUUGUUGGUCAGCCUGGAUGGAAGCAGAUUCUCCGCUACACCUGGGUCUACGCUCGUGUGUCGCCGAAGCAGAAGGAGGAGAUUCUGCUUGGCCUGAAGGACUGCGGUUACACUACUCUGAUGGCUGGCGAUGGUACCAAUGACGUCGGUGCGCUCAAGCAGGCUCACAUUGGUGUUGCAUUGCUCAACGGUACCCGUGACGAUCUCGACAAGAUUGGCGAGCACUAUCGCAACACCAAGAUGAAGGAGAUCUACGAGAAGCAGUGCCAGAUGAUGACCCGCUUCAACCAGCCCCAACCCCCGGUUCCUAUUCACAUUGCUCACUUAUACCCUCCCGGUCCGACCAACCCGCACCACGAGAAGGCAAUGCUUCAGCAGGCCCAGAAGAAGGGUCUUACCAACGGCGCUGCAAACGGCUCAACCGACGUCGCUGUUGCCGAGAAGAAGCCGAUGGGCAUCCAGGAGCAGCUCUCGCAGAAGAUGAUGGAGUCUGAGCUUGAUGAGUUGAACAAUGAGCCGCCGACCAUCAAACUCGGUGACGCCUCUGUCGCGGCCCCCUUCACUUCGAAACUCGCCAAUGUCGUUGCCAUUCCCAACAUUAUCCGCCAGGGUCGCUGCACACUUGUUGCGACAAUCCAGAUGUACAAGAUUCUUGCCCUGAACUGUUUGAUCUCUGCCUACUCGCUGUCGGUGUUGUACCUCGAUGGCAUCAAGUUUGGUGAUGGUCAGGUCACGAUUUCAGGAAUGAUGAUGAGCGUAUGCUUCUUGUCCAUUUCGCGCGCGAAGACCGUCGAAGCCCUUUCUAAAGAGCGACCCCAACACAACAUCUUCAACAUCUACAUCAUCGGCUCCGUGCUCGGCCAAUUCGCCGUGCACAUCAUCACCCUGAUCUACGUUUCCCAGUACGUUCAGCGCGUCGAGCCCAAGGACCCCAACCCAGACCUCGAGAAGGAUUUCGAACCCUCCCUCCUCAACUCCGCAAUCUACCUCCUUCAGCUCAUCCAGCAAAUCUCUACCUUCGCAAUCAACUACCAAGGUCGACCGUUCCGCGAGUCUAUCCGCGAGAACAAGGCGAUGUACUGGGGUCUUGUCUCCGUGUCCGCGGUCGCCUUCUCCUGCGCGACCGAGUUCGUUCCCGAGAUCAACGAGAAACUGAAGCUUGUGCCGUUCACAUCGGACUUCAAGUUCAUGAUUACGACAGUCAUGGCGGGCGAUUUCAUUGCGUGCUAUGUCAUCGAGAAGGGUCUGAAGUUCUUCUUCAGCGAUAACAAACCGAAGGAUAUUGCGCUGCGCAGACCAGAUCAGCUCAAGCGUGAGGAGGAACGGAAGAAGGUAGAGGAGAUCGAGGCACAGGAGAAGAAGAAUAAGGAGGCCGAGGAGAAGGCGCUUGCGGCGGGCAUCGCGAAGAGGUAG